AUGCGCUCCAAUAGGAUUCUCACCAAGAUUUUGACUUUGAGCUCCUUGGUUAAAGCUCUGCCUUCGUCCGGGAACACUAAAGAAUCUUCAUGCCGCUUCGCGCAUCAACAUUCUCAAAACGAGAUCCUCCGUGACCCCACUGCGUUUGUGAACGACCUAUUGUACUGGGAGGGCAAGUUCCAUCAGAACAACAUCUCAUGCAACAGCAACAAUGGUAUCACCUAUGAUGGAACAAACAUUGACUGGGUGAAUGGCGAAGCAACGGUGAAGCACUCAACCAGUGCCGCUAGUAAAGAGUCCCUUCAAAUUAUGCUCUAUACUCAUGCCAUUGCUGGGUCCCCAGAGGCUGCACGGUAUCUUUCCCCGGGAAGCCCAGAAGCAGCUCCAGGAAUGGUUGCCUCUAUCAUGCAGACAAAGUUGCAGACCUAUCUCAGGUUUAAUGAGACUUACCCUGGCUUUGGUGGUUUCUUGCCUUGGAUUCUGGCCGAUGGUCAAGAUCUGACCCCAACACCGGACUGGACUGAUCGUGUGCCCGGUCUUGAUAAUGGAGAGCUUAUUUGGGCUGUAUAUGGAUUCAUUCAAGCUCUUGAGAACACAGGCAACAAAUCAUAUCUUGAUCUUGCCCGGGAAUGGCAAAGCUGGUUGGAUUAUACCAAGACAACUGCUGCUGAGAUUUUCUAUUUUGGAAACGGUAAAGUGUGUGCUGUCGUGGCCAUGGCAGAUCAGUCUCUCCCAGUCAAUCAUCAAGAUCAGUCAUAUCAAUGCGAGAAUAAUAUCUUGCUAGAUGACCCUUUCGAGGGCGAGAUCUUCACAUUCUGGCUUCAAUUCUUCGGCAAUUUGACAGAUGCAGACAAGAAGGCUUUGUGGGAAGUGAAAAGACCCCAGUUAGUGAGCGUGGAUUAUCAACUGGGUGAAUAUGGACCUAUCACAGUGCAAAAGGGAUACUGGUUCUCAAGCCACGAGACCUGGAAAGCUUUGCAAAUGCCCUACUACGACAUCGACAUUGUCAGUCGGUUAUUCAAGAACGCCGAACGAGUUCGAACUUGUAACUCGGUCGCCACAAAAGUGCCCGGCAUGUUCGCCUCAAUCAACAACAUUACCGACCCUUCAACCGGCGAAGUAACAGGCUAUGUCUCCAACGCCGGCAUCCCCUCCAUUUCAAACCAGACCGUACAAGAGCUGGACGUCAUCACGCCGUAUAGUGUCUUUCCAACAGUGCUCUUGGACAAGGCUGUUGGACUAGCUUGGUGGAGGAAUAUGGCCAUUGCCAAAAAGAUGCAGAGUAUUUAUGGCAGUACCGAAUCUACGCGUGUUGAUGGGACUGGUGUUUCAGCGCUUGUCACAUGGGACAGCAAAGUCACCACCGUGGUUGCGAUCCUGGGUGGUGUUUCUGAUAUUGUUCGUCAGAAGAUGAGGGCGGAUGGCAUCUAUGCUGAGUUCGUGGAUACUAUUGAGGCUGAGUACACGCGAGUCUUCACGCAUCUCCGUGGGGAAGAUGUCGAUCUUUGUCUUCCGCAAGACACCGUGCCUGAUGCCGGGCUAGUGGAUUUCACCUCGUGCAACUAG